AUGCAAUAAAAUAACCGUGUGAUCUAUGAGUUGGAGGACGACGAGGAUAUAAAGUAGGCUCCCUUCCCAAAGUCUCAAGCGAUAAAGAUUGAUCGGAAAUUAGGUGCAGUAUCAUACAUAAAAUGGGGAACUCUUUACAAUUACUUCUUCUCCUUUGACCUGAGGAAGGGUAGGUUAUUGUGUUACAAGACUCAACAAUCCAGUAGUUAUAAUAAUUAUUACUCUUUGAACAAGGGGGACUUUGUGAGGGAUGAGGCUGAGAUCCAAAAAUGCGAAUAAUCUUUGAGAAAGAAAAAGAAUUAUUAGCAAGCCAAUGAUUAGAAAUCAGUGAUAUAUGUGAGGACAGCAAAGGGGCGAGUGUUUAAAUUGAUGAUCGACGAAAACGAGAACUAUGAUAAGAUUCUAGGAUAUUUGCAGAUUUGUUUCUCUUCGAAAAUGCAAAAUGUGAAGGCCUUCUAUGCUCUUUUGGGAAUAGGCCUUGUGAAGAUAGAUGGCAAUGAAUUUAAGCUGACUACUGGAGUGGUUGUGUCUUUAAAUGAUUGGUCCAUAAACAACAAUAAUAAUUAUUUGUUAAAAAAUGAUAGUGCAAUAUCGAAUUACUGGGAGGCAUCAUCGGAUCCUUCUAUAAACAACAUGAGAUCCUGGGAAUCAUAUUCAACCCAUCGACACAAACCAUCGACAUCAUCCUAUUCGAUAAUUUUUAGUAAACUCUCUCAUAACAUAAAUAGAAAUCCUAAAGUACUCCACCAGGCCAUAUUCAAAUUGGUCAAGUUCUCCAAGAAGAGGGUGAUCCCAUCUGGCAAAGGACAGUUAUUGAAAUUGAAAACUGACAUCGCUGAAUUCAAUCAAACUGAAUACAUCGAAAUAGCCAAAAAUGACAAUGUCAAAAUCUACAUUCAUAACUCCAAACUGAAUGUGGCUGAUUAUGCUCUAAUACAAGGCAGUAUGUUUUCAGCACAGUAUGUGGAUGACCAAAAUGAUUUAGAUGGAGAUAAGUUGCUAUCCAAUAAUGCUCUUGAAUUUUAUAAAAAGAACUUCAAAAACAUGAAUAAUCAGGAUGAUGAAACCAAAGAGUUCAUUGUUGUAAGCAAAUAACAAACACAAGUCUUCGUGAUGAAUAAUUAAUCAUCUCCCAAUAAGGGAAGUGCUCAAAAAAAGAGUUCAUUUAAAUUUGAUGAUAUUAGCGAUGAAAGUGGAGGAGUGGGUUCAGGUGUGCAAGUAGCUAAGAGUAUCAAAGUUCACAUGAGGAGAUAAGUCAACGGGGUCGCUGAUAUGAGUCCAAAAAUGAAAUUCAUUAGUGAUUUCUAAGGGAAUGAGUUUGAAUCUGCAGUUAAUUAUGCCAAUGAAAUCAACGAAUAGAAGCAGGCAGAUGAUGACAAGAAUGAGAAUUAAGAUGUCAAUGAGAAUGGGAAUGGAACUAAUAAUAAAUAGGAAGCAUCUGAUAAUCAAUAGGGCAACAAUUACAGUAAGAUGCAGUGUGAGGAGUAAUAGUAGGUAGUAGUGAAGAAUGAGUAGCAACUACUCUAACAUUAACCGAGUAAGACAGAGUAGAAUUAGGAGGAAGAUUCAGAUGAAAUCGAUCUUGUUAAGGUUUCAAUUGUGUUCGAUGAGGGAGAACAUUGCAAUCAUAGGGAUUUUAAUACGAUUAUGAAUUAUGCGUUGAAUUUCAAGAAAGUUGAUUACAAGGAUGAGUAUAGGGUUCCUUAGGCUCAUAAGAAAGGAGGGACGGCUUGUUAGGAUGAAAAAAUAAUUGAUUUAGCAAGAAGUGUGGGAAAGAACAUGAUCAAGUAGGUGGGUCAGAAAUUGCUCAGUGGAAAUUUCAAUUUAACAACAGUUUCAUUUCCAAUCAAAGCUAUGAUUCCUAAAUCUGCCUUAGAAAAAACAUUUAUGUAAACAAUUCUCUUUCCUUUGUAUAUGAACAAGGCUGCUUCUCUUUAAAAGCCAUUAGAAAGAAUGAAACUUAGUAUAGUUGCUCUUAUAUCUAAUUACAUUUAGGCUAAUUCAUUUCUUAAACCUCUCAAUCCAAUCUUAGGUGAAACCUUUGAGGGUGGCUACGAAGAUGGUACUUAAUUGUAUUGUGAAUAAAUAUCUCAUCAUCCUCCUUUGUCUUAUUUUCUAGUUUAUGGACCUAAGAAAUCUUACAAAUUUUUCGGAUACUCUCUCUAUGAAGCAAAAGCUGGUUUAAAUUCAUUGACUAUAUUGAAUCAUGGGAAAAGAACAAUCUAGUUCCCAGAUCAAAAGAUAGUGUGUACUUUUUCAUCUGAACAUUAUUCAGGAACAUUCUUUGGAACAAUGAAGAAUGAAUCUUAAGGAGCUCUAUCUUUUGUAGAUGAAGUCAAUAAUUUAAAUUGUAUUGUGCAAUUGGGCAAGGUGAAAAACAAGCCAACGGAUUACUUCGAAGGGGAAAUCAAACAAGGGAAGACUGUGCUCAGUAAAUUGUUUGGGAGUUACAUGGGUUUCGCCGAUUUCGAUGGGAUUAGAUAUUGGGAUGCCAGAGUGAUAAAGCCAUUUGCGAUGCAGAUAUUGAAAUCGAACUUGGAUUCAGAUCAUACGAAGAGGACGGAUAGAAUUUGUAUGAUUGCUGGUGACAUGAACAAGGCAUAGGUGGAGAAGGAAAGGUUGGAACAAUCCCAGAGGAAUGAUGCAGCCUUAAGAAAAGAAUUCCUAAAAUAGAAGAAGAAAAAAGAUUAAAAGUGA